AUGAUCACCAAUGUUCAAAAUGAAGAGCGAGCUGAGUGGGCAAAAAAUGUUCAAGUGUUCACACACCAUCAUGCAAGGAGCAUUAGCAGAACGUUCAGUCCUGAAAUGUUGAAAAAGACUAUAAACCAAAAGGCAUUUUACAACAACAUCAAGCUCGGUUACUGUUUGUUAAACAGCAGCCUGCACGAGUACACAACGCCUUUACUCAAAUUCAUACAUUCAGAUGACGCCAAAAAUGUUAUUCUACAGAAACAGCUCUCCUUCAUGUUCACGACCAACUUGCUAACAUAUGUGGAAGCCAAAAUUGUGCUGUCGUGGUCAGCCUGGAUUUUUCAGCAGCUUUUGACACCAUUUAUCAUCAGAUGCUUAUUGACAGAUUUAAGGCAGAAUAUGGCAUCACGAAAUCUGCUUUAUCUUGGUUUCACUCUUAUCUUUCUAAUCGUUCUCAAUAUAUUAAAAUUGGCUACCACUCUUUUUCUAGCUUCACCUUAUCAACUGAAACUUCCCAAGGGUCUGUCCCAUUCUUUACACUACUAA